AUGGGAAAUUCCAUUAAGGCAAAUAAUUCAGCAACUACUAAAAAAAGAAGGUUGAAGAAGAUUAAGUUGGUCAUAGGGGGUUCUAUGCCGCAUGUGUGUAGUGUGUAUAUGCCGCAGGUGGGGUUGGAAGAGGAGGUGAAAGCAAGAUUUUGGGAGAAUUUGGACGAGGUGGUGAGAAGCGUGCAUAGCUUAGAGAAAAUUGUCAUAGCAGGGGACUUCAAUUGCCACAUUGGGGUAUUAUCGGAAGGCUACAAUAAUGUGCAUAGAUGUUUUGGUUUCAGUGAUAGGAAUGGUGAAGGAGCUACUCUGUUGGAUUUUGUGAGUUCUUUUAGUCUGGUGGUAGUGAAUUCGAGUUUUUCGAAGGAGGAUCACUUUAUUACCUUCUGA